GACCCGACGCACAGCUCUCUCCUCGACCACAGCCGCUCUCCCCGCCAGCUGCCCGCCAGCUCUGCCCGCCAGCUGCCCGCCAGCUGCCUCGUGCUGGAGAUGCUUAGCCUCCUCACCGUGACGGCGCUGGCGCUGUCGUCGCCUGUCCGGCCAGGCGGAAGAACAGGAGCUCGUGCUGCGGCGGCACGGCGCCCUGGCGGCGCUGUGCUGCUGAGCGAGGAGGCUGGCGAUGCGGACGCAGCCUUGGCGGCCGCCGAGAGAGAGCUCCAAAUCGCGCUGGCCGAGGCCGCCGCUGCGCGCGAGGCGGCGUCGGCACGGAAGGAGACGGCGGCGAGGGCGGCCGCGGAGGAGGAGGCGCCGCACGCGAGGCUGGUGCUGGUCCGCCACGGACAGAGCGAGUGGAACCUGGCGAACCGCUUCACCGGCUGGGUGGACGUCGACCUGACGGAGCAGGGCAUCCUCGAGGCGCGCGAGGCUGGCCGUCUGCUCGCGGCCGCCGGGCUCGAGAUUGACGAGGUGCACACCUCGCUGAUGCGGAGAGCCAUCCGGUCGGCGGUGCUGAUGCUCUCGACGCUCAACCAGUGCUGGCUGCCGGUGCGGAAGCACCUCGAGCUCAACGAGCAGCACGCCGGCCUGCUGACGGGCGAGAACAAGGUCUCGUGCGCCCAAAAGUGGGGCGUCGAUCAGGUGAUGGCGUGGCGGCGCAACUUUGAGGACCCUCCUCCCGAGAUAGCCGCCGACUCGGCGAUCCAGCGCGCCAUCGCCACCGACAGGAGGUACGACGCCGCGCGGGUGCCGUCGCGCGAGUGCCUCUCCGCCGUCUCCCGGCGCGUGGCCGGCCUGUGGGAGGGCACCAUCGCGCCGGCGCUGCAGGAGGGGAGGACGGUCCUCGUCGUGACGCACGGAAACACGCUUCGCGCCCUCGUCGCGUAUCUAGACGGCCUCGCGCCCGAGGACGUGUACCACGUCGACCUGCCGACGGCGACGCCGCUGCUGUACGAGUUUGACGCGGACGGCGCGGGCGCGGAGGCGCCCGUGGCGGGGCUGCGCCACGCGAGGGAGCACGGCGUGUGGGGCGAGCGGGAGGGGGCGGCGCGGCACGGCCGCUUCCUGGUGUGCGCUGUCCCCGCGAGCGCGAAGCGGCGAGGAGAGCUGCGCCACUCACGGGGGUGUGUGGCGGGGUGA